AUGAGGGCGCUCCAAGGCUUCGAUUUCUUUGGAAAAGAAAUGAAAAUUGUUUAUGCCAAAGGAAACUCAGAUAUAAUUGCCAAGUUGCGGGGCACUUACAAUCCAUCAGGCCCGAACGAAGACCAGGGAAUAUCAACGGAGCUUCAGAAAUCUAUUUUCAAUGCUCCGCCUUCCGCGGCCACUGCUACCACUUCCAUACCACCUAAACCGGCCAAUGGCGAGGCUGCCGAGCCAGCACCACCACAGGGUGUGAAACGAACACGGGAGGAGGAAAGUGAUGGCGAAGCACCUAUGGACGAGGAAAGUGACGUGUCUAUGGAAGCAUCUUCCGAUGAGGAUUAA